AUGGAUGGGGGAAUGAUGGGAACCGAUAGGGGCAGCACAUCCCCACCCAGCCUGGGCGAGGUGGAUGUAGAUGAAGUGAACACCUCACUCCCACCACCUCCUCACUCCCACCACCAUCUCACUCCCACCACCAUCUCACUCCCACCACCAUCUCACUCCCACCACCAUCUCACUCCCACCACCAUCUCACUCCCACCACCCUCUCACUCCCACCACCAUCUCACUCCCACCACCCUCUCACUCCCACCAUCUCACUCCCACCACCUCCUCACUCCCACCACCUCAUCACUCCCACCACCAUCUCACUCCCACCACCAUCUCACUCCCACCACCUCCUCACUCCCACCACCAUCUCACUCCCACCACCAUCUCACUCCCACCACCAUCUCACUCCCACCACCUCCUCACUCCCACCACCCUCUCACUCACACCACCUCCGCACUCCCACCACCUCCUCACUCCCACCACCUCCUCACUCCCACCACCUCCUCACUCCCACCACCUCCUCACUCCCACCUCCUCCUCACUCCCACCACCUCCUCACUCCCACCACCUCCUCACUCCCACCACCUCGUCACUCCCACCACCUCCUCACUCCCACCACCCUCCUCACUCCCACCACCUCCUCACUCCCACCACCUCCGCACUCCCACCACCUCCUCACUCCCACCACCUCCUCGCUCCCACCACCUCCUCACUCCCACCACCUCCUCACUCCCACCUCCUCCUCACUCUCACCACCUCCUCACUCCCACCACCUCCUCACUCCCACCGCCUCCUCACUCCCACCACCUCCUCACUCCCACCACCACCUCUGCUAUGCAGAAGACUCUGAAGGGGCAGCAAGAGGUCCAGUCAACCAGGCUGGAACCUAGACUCGCUACGGUCAAACGCGACGGCGUCCUGGCGACAGCCACCCUCUUGCUCCCUCCCACCGCCCUCUCACUUACGGCCAUCCCUGCCAUGCAAGAAACGAAGCUCAAGGUGGCAGGUAGAAACGUGUUCAUCACGUUCAGUUAG